AUGAUGACUCGGAAAAUCUUGCUGACAAUAGCAUUCAUAGCAAGCGCCUCAACACUCAACUUCACUAUGAAAACUAUCAGUUCACAUUCACUCAGCAGAGAGCAACUUGACGCCCUUCGUCGUCAUCCACAGAUUGCGGCUUGGCGUCGAAGUAAACGGCAAGCUCCAGCUUGGACAUUUCAACUCCUUCACGACUAUUACGACGAAUUCUAUCUUGGCACCGUCACCUUUGGAAACCCAGGACAAGAGCUUUGGUUAGCAAUGGAUACUGGUUCUUCAAUUAUCUGGGUUAUCGAUGAUGCAUGUAACACUGCCGAGUGCAAUGGUUACCCGAAGAGCGGUCUAAAUAAAAGAAAAUUUCGUAAAGACCUUUCGAGAACUUUUGCAUCGAUGAACAGAUCCUUUAUUAUACACUACCACACGGGAUGGACUAGCGGAAUUGCUGCGCAAGACACAGUUCGUUUUGGUGGCUACGCAUUACUUAGUCAGCCUUUUGGAGUUGCCAAUAAGCUUGCACCUUUUCUCGCACGGAUACCUAUCGAAGGAGUGUUCGGGCUGGGCUUGCCUUCCAAAACUGCUUCUGGCAAUCUGAGGUCUCCCAUGGAAGCUCUUGUGCCAUAUCUCACUCUGAAGCUCAUCACAGUUUGGAUGAACAGAAAGAUUGAAAUAAGUAAAGGAGGAGAUGGUGGUUAUAUUACCUAUGGUAAAAUUGACGACGUAAAUUGCCAGCAAACUUGGAAUUACGUUCCUUUGUCAUCGCAAACACAUUGGAAGGUACCAAUGCAAGGCUUUGCUAUGAGUUCCUACCGCUAUCGUCGGAAUAAUGACCAGGCUCUUGUCGACACUGGAAGUUCGUACAUUAGUGUACCUAAAGCCGUUCUGGAAGCUAUUGCGCGUUUCACUGGAGCAAGGUAUAGCGCAAUAAAUGGUGUGUAUACGGUGCCUUGCACCUCAAUGUGGACAUUACCCGACAUUCUUUUCCAAAUGAAUGGUAUCCAGUACAGCGUACCAUCGGCUCAAUAUGUGAUUGAUAUGGGUCUUGGUGAUAGGUGUGUGCUUGCCUUUUAUCCUAUAGAUUACGACACCCAUCUUGGAAUCUCUUGGAUUCUUGGGGCGCCCUUCAUUCGAGCGUUUUGCACGAUCUUUGACUAUGGUCAGAGACAGCUUGGUUUCGCAGUAUCGAUUCCUCGUUAA